AGCAAUUCAUCAAGCUUGGUGUAGACCGAACUUCAUUUGAAAAAAGAAAAAUCAAUCUCUAGGAAAUGAACCUAGCAUUUGAAGGUCCAGCCCCGAUAUAGGUAUAUCAUGUAACCAUGGAGGCUGUGGGUUUAAAAAAUGGCAGCAGGUGACAUUCCAAUAAUUCUGUAAUUGAGGAUUGGACAGCAUAUUGUGUAGAAAAUGUUGCAGGCGGGCAGGAGCAUGGUGAGGGCCAUGCAGGUCUUCCGGGUGUGGGAGUUUUCAGCAAUGGGAGGCGCCAGGAGUUUUUCUUCCGACCCCCCAAACAACGACAGCGACCAUCCGUCUCCUGCUGCACCAGUCAUACAGGAUGAAGCUACCAAAUUGAAGGAUGCCUCUGCCGUUGUUUCCUCUUCUCCGGACCGUGCUUUUGGAGAUUUGAUUGCGGCUACAGGAAUCACCGAGGUGCAGAUAGAAAGCUUGAUACUUAUGAAGAACUUAGAAGGGGUCAAGGGAUUGCCACCCCUGAAAGAAUUAGAAGAUGCUCGCCUUGCUAGAAUGGAAAAGAAGUCUAUUCGAGGUGAAUUAGAAAAAAAACGACAGCAAGAAAUAGCUAAAGCUAGAGUAAGAAAAGUAGAUGAGAAAGGACGGUCAUAUGGAACAGGAAGAAGAAAGUGCAGUGUUGCUCAAGUGUGGAUUCAACCGGGAAAAGGAAUGUUCAUUGUCAAUCGCAAAAGUUUUGAUGCAUAUUUUCCCCAGUUAGCACACAGGGCUGAUCUUCUUUCGCCAUUUGUUUUCACAAAGACUCUGGGUCUCUGGGACAUUGUUUCUAAUGUCAAAGGAGGUGGCAUGUCAGGUCAAGUGGGAGCACUUAGACUUGGAGUUAGUAGGGCAUUGCAAAACUGGGAACCUGGAUUGCGACCUUAUUUGCGAGCAGCUGGAUUGUUGACCAGAGAUCCACGUGUGGUGGAAAGGAAAAAACCUGGGAAAGCAAAAGCAAGGAAGAGCUUCCAAUGGGUCAAGCGAUAAAAGGCUAGAAACAUGAACGACCAUCACCAAUUACAAAAGCACAUGUUAACCAACACCAUGGGAAAUGGUUAUGCUAUCUACUUUGUUGUCUCAAGUGUUUCAUUAUAUUAUAAUUGAAGCUAAAACAGUGUGGGUUCUUAUCCUUGGCUUAAGACAUAAUUGUGUUACAUUCCUUAACUUCUCCAAGGUCUGAAAUAUGUUGAUACGGUGAUGACUAUGUCUGUGAUCAUUUAAUAUGGUGGUUUAGUUUAGUUCUAUUGAGACUGGGAUUUAAAGUGAGGGUUUAGGUAUCCUCAAUUUUGUCAAGAUUUUCUUUUGAGUCUCUGUUACCGGAUUCAUUCUUUACAUGUUUAUGUGAAAGAUUAAGAGGUGAGUAAGCCUGCAAACGAUUUAACA